GGAAACAUCAUCCAUGUGCACACGAGUGUCGUUCUAUCUUUGUCCAACUUUUAGUAAAUAACAAAGAUAGAACAACGCUUGUGUACAUAUGGGUGGUUUUCGAACGUACUGUUUAUGAGGACCACCAGACAUACCUAACUUCCGAUGUGAUGCCGAAUCUUAUCUAGAAUGGCACAGGAAGUGCUGAGGGAACUAGAAGCCGCGGCGCAAGUCGUUUUGGCACCUCCAAAUCUAAUUUCGGCAGAGCAACGUCAAUCCGCAGAAGCUGUUUUUUUAAAUUUUCGAAAAACAAGGUUACCUUAUCAGCUGUGUCGUCAAAUUUUAGAAUUAAGUACUGUAGAUUAUGUACUAUUUGAAACAGCUGGUUUGAUAAAGACGGCUCUGGUACAAGAAUGGCCUACUCUAUCAGAGUCUGACAUUUCUUCAUUGAGACAAUAUCUGUUACACUAUGUCAUAGGCAAACCUACUUUAGCGCCAUAUGUUAGAGCAAGAAUACUUCAAGUUAUUGCAAUAAUAAUCAAGAGAGGCAGUGUGGAUGACUUUGGACAAGAGAGAAGACAAAUAUUGAAUGAAGUAGAAUGUUUAAUUAGAAAUGAAGACUUGCCAAAGCGAAUUUUGGGGUGCAAUAUUUUGUCUACGAUAUUGCAAGAAUAUGCAACAACUGCUAAAUCAUCCAAUAUAGGAUUGACAUGGGAAGUUCAUUUUAAAGAGAAGAAACAGUUUGAACUAAGCGAUAUGAAAAAAAUCUUCAAGCUUUGUAUUGAAGUACUCAAUGAAUUAAUAAAAAAAGACUUCGAGGAAUCGACAUUACCCCUUGUAAAGCAUUUACUUUCUAUUGUGGAAAGUAUACUUGUUUGGGGAUUUGUUGAUGCAAAUUUACCUAAAAGAUUACUGCAUGUGUGCGAAAUUUAUGAUUUCGGAAAUAAUCCACCACUGAGAUUACAUACACAAUGGCAAGAUAUAAUAUUAGACCCAGCAGUAUUAGAUCUACUGUUUACAUUGUACUGGAAAGUACGAAACAAUCCGCAACUAGCUCAUCAUGCUAUGAAUUGUCUGGUGCAAUUAUCAAGCUUACAUGGCAGAAUCUUCACUACGGAGCAAAUAAAACUGCAGUAUUUGACAAAUUACUUGCAACGAUUCUUAAAACUUGUAUCAAAUAUCCAUGUUAUCGAUCAAGAGGCAAAUGGAAUUACCAAUAUUAUAAAAAAGAUUAAUUGUUUCUUUCAAAGCUCAUUAAAUUCUCUUUCUGAAGAUUUAUUGAAGUCAUUUAUGGAACAAAUGACAAGAUUAACAUGCUUAUUCAUAGAAGGUGCCGCACGAGAAGAAUUGAUGUGUGCUGAUGAUUGUUUAUAUUCGGAAGCUGUGGAACGUAUAUUUGAAACAUGGAUAUGUAUUUUAUCUACGACAUAUAUAUUUCCAUCAGAUUUUUGUAAGCAGAGCUCUGUUCAAAUAUUUAACACAUAUCUGCAAUGCCACUUGUCACCUCCCGAUGGUGUGAAAGGUGUCAAUAGUAAAAAUAUUAACGAAGAAAUAGUAGAUAUGGAAGAAAAUGAUAAAGUCAAAUUUAAGGAGCAGUUACAAAUAGUUGGAAACUUUGGUAGACAAGUGCCAAAUCAUUCUUUACCUUUAUUAGCACAAUUACUCGAAAAUCGAAUACUUAAAUUACGGGAUAAUGUAAAUGCACUGAUAGCAUCGAAUGGAGCUGUACCUGAACCCAACCCUAUGAAUGAUUUGUACGAAGAUUUGCAUUGGCUUGUUUUAAUAGCAGGUCAUGUUCUUUGUAUGGAAUCAGAGGGUGAAGCUGCAUUAAUACCUCUGGAAAUUAGGCGAUGCAGUAUGGACCAGUCUCGAGAGGGAAAUGUUGAUGUGAAUCAUACGUUGGAGUUCUUAGUGUCUUCACAAAAUAUUCAGUCGGACAUAAGCAGUCCUGCAGCCUCGAUCGAUCGAGUUAUUCGAUUAAUCACGUGCAUUUUUCGCUUAUGCGCUUUGGAGAAGACUAUUAUAUCGAUACAUGCAGAGAAUGUGCUCAGUCCUGAAUUGAGCAGCACAAUAAUAUGGUUUUUACAUAUAUGGUCGCAGAGCUACCUUUUACCGACAGAAGUUUAUUAUUCCGAGAUAAGCACCACAAUCUUGCAAGCUUUCGGUGAAGAUAGUCCAGGUGCAUUGUGGACAAUGAAUUUUCUUCUGGAAAAAGUAAUUUGCAAUAUCAACACCUUUAAAAGUGAACCAGCUGUAAUUAAGGAAACUAUAAAAUUAUUAAUAACUCUUGUUGAGUCACAAACGAAAGCCUCUUGCGUAUUGAAAUCUGAACAGUUCAAUUAUAUAAUUGAGUUAGCUACGAGAGGACAGUACGAUUUUCCGCAGGUUAUCAAAAGAGGUUUGAUGCACGCGGUAGUACAGGCCGGUACAGUAGUGCAAAGUACAAGUACAGAACAGUACUAUUGGUCGCAAACUUUAGAACCUUUGCAAAACAAAUGUACGCAAUUAAUUUCUAGUGAUAAUUUUAUGUCAUCUUAUCAUCAAGAGGAGAUUAGGAUCCAAAUCAUAGAUAUACUGGAAUCCUUUAUAGGUGUAGUACAUGGUGUGCAAGGUCCGACAACAGAACCCGUAUAUCGAUAUACCUGUCCUAUAUUAGUCGAACUUCAAAAAUUAUUGUCUUUGUAUCAUAAUUAUCAAAAUAUAGUUCAAUUGAUAUUAGAGCUGCUCUGUGAAUAUACAAGAAAUAUUUUAUUUUAUUUGUCAGAGGCUGAUAGUACACGUGUGUAUGAGACUUGUUUGCAAACGAUACAGACAUAUGCUCGCUGCAACAGUAAUCGGCUUACCGUAGAUUCGACUGCGGAAGAGGACAGUUUCCAAGAUAUUCUAUUACUCAUGCAAUUAUUAACUAAUUUAUUAAGCAAAGACAUACUUAAUUUUAAUAAUACCGAGCAAAAUCAGCCUCCAUCUACCAUGCCUGCAGAUGUUUUCUUUUACGGCUUAAAUAUAAUCAUGCCUAUCAUGACAAUAGAUUUGUUAAAAUUUCCAUCGCUGUGUAUACAGUAUUUCAAAAUGAUAGCCUUUGUAUGCGAUAUAUGUCCUGAGAAAGUUUGCGGCCUAUCUACCAAACUGUUGCAGCAGCUUUUAGCAUCGGUGGAAUUAGGUUUAUAUUCAUUUGGCCAUGAAGUAGCUGUCUUAUGCUGUGAUACUAUUCAAGUCUUAGCCAAGCAUAUUUAUACGGAAUCUGCGAAAGGACAACCGCGCAAUGACAUAAUGGCACCUUUUAUGAAUUUACUGAUAAGUCUCAUUUUGUCACAUCAAAUGGAUUCAGAUUUGAUAACGAGUGCUAGUAUACCUCUUUAUUAUCUCAUAUGUUGCUAUCAGGAGCAAUAUCAACAACUUGUACAAAAUAUUUUAUCCACCCAAACAGAUCAACAAGUAGCACAGAGAUUAGCGAGCGCGUUCACAGCAUUAACCGCGAAUGUGGGAUUAAGUACUGAACGUAUUCAAAAAGUAAAGUUUAAGGAUAAUUUCGAUAAAUUCAUCAUAAAUGUACAGGGAUUCUUAAUGAUUAAGUAAAAUAAAAAAAUUAAAAAUGUAAAUAUAAAAAAUAAAAAAGUCUAUUUAAACAAUAUACACGUGGAUUUAAACAUUAUCGUCUCCUGAGAUACAUGGAUAUUACCUCGUAUUUUCGCGUCGCACGUUUAAAAAACCAUCUUUUCCUUAUUUUUAUAAAGGACCUAUCAUAAAUGUCUUGAAAACCAAUUUGACUCAAAAGUGAUUAUAUUCGAGUUAAUUUCAAAAAAUUGGUUUUUUUCCAAAUAUAUAAAAAAUAUGUGUCUCUUAAAUUAUUGUAUUUAACAAGGUAUUUGCGCGUCUAUGAUAGAUCUCUCGUCAGUUCAUUUUUAUCCCCGCUAUAAAAACAAUUAAUCGUAAACGUACGACGGGAAUAUUUAAUAUUCUUAGAAUGGAUAAUAUAUCGUGAAGAGAACUUAUAUUAAGCAUAUAAGCUUUUUAUUGACCGAUUUAUUACACGUUACCACUUACAGUGAGCCUCUAGCGAAAAAUUCGAGUAACCAUAAUAAUAUAUAAUAUAUUUAUAAUAAAUACUAGUUACAGCGUCGAUGCACGUUUCCAAUAGCAAACGAUUAAACGAAAACAUUUUUGUAAUGUGAAUGUUUAGUGUUAUUACUUUAUAAACAAAAUACAUGAACUUACAUACUUGGUACAGAUCCGCAUCAUCGUUAGCCUUCCCUUGUACAUCUGGCGAUGAUGAUUCUCAACGUUUCACAAAAUGCUUAAAUUAACAUUAAAUUUAUUUAUAUAUAUUUAUAUAAUUUAGUUUGUAUAUUAUGUAUAUAUAUAAGCGAACGUGUCCUUUCGCGCGCUCUUUUACAUAUUUUCCCUUUCGCACAUCUACGUUCUCUCUUGUUUCUUCCCACUCGGGAUUCUAUCGCAUUCUUUCUCUUUUUUUGUCGAUCUUGCUUUCUUUCAGUCUUUCAUACAUACUUUCAUUCUCACCUUAUCGUUCUUUUCUCUUAUAUUUUGUCUACUAUAAUAAUAACAAUAAUUAUUAAUCUCUCCAACGACUUAAAUAUGAUGUAAACUCCUUCGUAAUAUGCGUUUUUGCUCUUUUGUUCUCUUUUUUUCCCUUUCUUUUUUUCUCCUUUCGUCAUGUGUACCACUUUCUUUUCGGCGUAGUCGAUAGAGAGCCUAUUAUGUUCAACUUAUAUAAUUACGAGUUUAAAAUACAUUACGGUGUAUUGUUAACAAAAUAAAACUAUCAAAUACUACAACAGUCAGCAAGCGAAAACGAUAAUAGUGAUGGGGCAUUACAUUCGCGUAAGCCACGAUUUGAGAAUUGUCGAUUCGGGGAGGGAGAUCGAGGAAAAAAUAAAAAAUCGGCCUCGAAAUUGAGCGCGUAAGACUAGAAUCAAGCGAGUUAAGAUUUAUAAUCGUCUUCCGUCAAGAUACCGGAGACCUUGAUCGGGAAAUCUUGCCCUUCGAGAGAUAUAUCAAGGUACACGAAAUCGAUAGACCACUUCAAUAGAUUUAUAAGAGGGGCAACAUUUAAAAAACGUUUUUUUUUUU